AUGGCCGACUCGUCGUCCCUUAGCUGGUCGGCCAGCUUCGCCGUCCUGCCCGCGACAACUGCGCCGACCAAGGCCCUUAGAGGCGACAAGAUCCUGCUGCCUCCAUCGGCCCUCGAGAACCUCUUGGCAGCCUCGACCUCGUGGGCCAACGGGUUUGGCGACUUCGGACACCCCCCACGCGACAGCUUCCACCAGCUCCCGAACCCCCUCAUGUUCCGACUCGUAAACCCCAAGAACAAUAAUGUUGUUUACGCUGGAAUUCGCGAGUUCUCGGCUCCCGAGGGCACCAUUGGCCUCAGCUCGUAUCUCGCCGAUUCCCUUGGCCUCGAGGAGGAAGACCUGAAACAACAACCCGAACCCUCUCGAGACGAUACAAUGGAGGUGGAUGAUGAGGUCAGCAGCGCAUCCGUCCCUCUGAUGAUCACCGUCCACGCGAGACAGCUCCCCAAGGGCUCGUUCGUGCGAUUGAGACCCCUCGAGGCGGGGUACAACCCCGCAGACUGGAAGGCGUUGCUGGAACGACAGCUCCGCGACAGCUUUACGACUCUGACGCGCGACAGUGUUCUCGCCGUACAAGGUGUUCAGGGUGAAAGCUUCAGGUUCUUAGUCGAUAAGAUCGCACCCGAAGGGGACGGCAUCUGCGUCGUAGACACCGACUUGGAAGUUGACAUUGAAGCUCUGAAUGAGGACCAGGCCAGGGAAACGAUGCGACAGAUCAUGUCUGGAUCGCAACCAGAAGUUUCUGACGGCAGUUCGAAGGGAGGCGAGCUUGAUAUCUGGAAGCCUGUUAGUGGGCAGGUUGUACCUGGGGAGUACGUGGAUUACAUACUCCCCUCUUGGAAUCGCUCCCAAGCUCUUAACAUUACCUUGUCAGGCAUCCAGGACCCGGAUAGCCUCGACCUAUUCAUAAGCCCGAAGUCUCCUCAGCACAGGUCGUUGCCGCGCGAUUCUAGCCAUGUGUUUGGACACAUGCUUCCAGCAACCGACGGGGUGAAGAACGUAUCCAUUGCGCCAAGCAAUGUUGAGCUCGACGAUGCCGAAGCAAUUCAGGUGUCAAUUUAUGCCUACCGUUACGCCACUGAAGAUUCCCGGACACCAGUUACAUUUACUCUUCGAGCGCAGAUGGAAACUCCUUCACGUGGCUCCCUAGCCCAGCCAUCAGGAGACGACGAUACUAAACAUUCGCCGGACGACGAGCAGUGCCAGAACUGCCUACAAUGGGUGCCAAAGCGUACGAUUGUCCUUCACGAAAACUUCUGUCGGAGGAACAACAUCAUCUGCCCUCAGUGCAAAACCGUCUUCAAGAAGGAUUCCGAGGAAUGGCAUAGCCAUUGGCACUGCGACCGGGAUGAAGGCUUUGGGAAUUCAAAACGGAGCAAGGACAAGCACGACGACAUUUUUCACAGCCAACGAGAAUGCCCCUCCUGCGAAUUCUCCUCGAAUUCCCUCUCGGAUCUCGCCAGGCAUCGAACCAGCGUAUGUCCCGGGAAGAUCAUCCUCUGCCGGUUUUGCCAUCUCGAGGUACCGCAGGAAGGUGAUCCGAUCAACCCUGCUCCCGAGGUCGUCCUCUCUGGCAUGACGGCCCACGAACUGGCGGAUGGAGCACGAACCACGGAAUGUCACCUCUGCGACAAGAUCGUGCGGCUCCGGGACAUGGAGACUCACCUGAAGCACCACGAGCUUGACAAGGUCAGCCGGCCGAAGCCUCUCAUCUGCCGCAACGCCAACUGCGGAAGAACGCAACAUGGUGUUGGGCCCAAGGGUCAGAUUGGCAGUGGCAAUGGGCAGAAAUCAGGCCCCAGCAACGACCUCGGGCUCUGCUCUCUGUGCUUUGGGCCGCUGUAUGUGAGCAUGCAUGAUCCGGAAGGAAAGGCCCUCCGACGGCGUAUCGAAAGACGCUACCUGGGUCAGCUCAUGACAGGAUGCGGGAAGCCGCACUGCCGGAACGAGUGGUGCAAAACUGGCAGGGCAAACCAGGAGCUCGAGCCCAAGGGGUCCAACGCUUCUGCUGCCCUUCCCCUAGUCAAACCCCUGCUGGAAAUGGCCAAGGGCCCGUCCGAGCCAAUGUUCUUCUGCGUGGAUGAAGCGAGCCAGUUGCGCCGGAAGAUGGCUGAGAUGGUGGCGGCUGAAAAGGCUUGGGACCUGGAAUGGUGCAUCGCUGCGGCAGAGGCGGGCAAAGGCGAUGCUACGCAAAUACGAGAGUGGCUCCAGGCAUGGGCGCCAAGAAGAUGA